AUCACCGAACUGCAUCACGAGGCACGAGCUAGCUCAGAAUUCUGGAGGGAAAAGGAAAAGAGGAAGACCGAGGAACACAUUGCUUUGAGAGUUGAAAACAGAUACAGUGAUACUCCGUCCACAUCGUACUUUUCUAGAGGUGCCAGGACCUUACUCAUCAUUACUGAUAUCAAAUGCUCGUGCAGGUUCAUGCAAGUUUACUUAUAACUGUAUUUAUUGUUUACUAAACAUUCUUCAUCAUGUCCGCAUAUCUAAGAGGGAUAUAGACCACUCGAGGUAUAUUCAACGAAGAAUAACCUAAAUGGUCGUCACCAAGAAAUAGACCUUACUUACCUCACCUAUAAGCUCCAAAUUUAUAACCUGUGAAGUACAGCAGAAAUAAAAAAAUAUGAUGAGGCGUAUCGUAUCGGUCAUAAUUCUCUUCACCUUAGAAAGUGGCUGAUACGUUCCACUAUUACAUCACACAUAAGCGGUAAUCGCUUUAGGAUAGAACACGAACAAAUAUACCGUUACUUAUGAUUAGUAUUCAACUUAGUACUCAAUUUAUUUGAAAUUGUUUAGUCGAACCUUGGUGUUGAUACGUAUACCGUUACAAUUAUCCAUCUUAUAAGCACAUAGUCGUGUCUAUUGAGUAUUGUCUACGCCUAAUCCGUCGUGCUACAACUGAUACUGUCACUACUUUUACCACUCUGAGAGUUGUUUCUAUUAUUUCAUCUGACUGUGCUGAUAUGGUGUUGGAGUUUAAACUGAUGCACACAUGUACCAGAUUCUAUGUUGCUUAUAACAGACUGACUUGAAAAUUAAUGUGUAUUGUGGUUGUAAAUGCAAAAUGAAAAAUAAAUAGUUUUGAUAUCGACUUAUAAGUGCCAUAACUCCAGAGGUUCGGCAGACUGGAUUGGAUUACUGGACAUCAAAGAUGAUUUAUUUAAUAUUUGGAAGAGGCAGAUUGAACACACACUUUUACAAUCAAAUGCGCAAGUUGUUGUUUAAUUCCAACCGUUUUAAGCAGUAGGUUCUAGUAUGGUUGCACACUAAAGAUAGUAAAGUAAUUCAGAGGCACCUAUCAGCUUUCCAAAACUAUAAUGAUAAAGUGGUUUGUUAAAGUUUUUCCCAAGGUUAAUCGUCGAGAUGAGCGUUAGUUCUAUACAUGUCGGUAGAACUGAUUGCCUCAUGACGAUUCAUGGCCUAGUCUUCAGGUCUGGUAGUAAUCCAUAUGACGAACAUAGCGAUUUUAAUGGUUUCCAUCGGUUAUUAUUAUCAGUAUAGUUGUGUGAUAUUUUUCGAGGUGCUUUUAAACAUCGUUCCAUAAAAAUUUAAUGAUAAUGAUGCUUAGUUUUCCCCUCCGGUUUCUAUCGCAUUCUUCUCAUAGAAAUAGUUUCUUUUGGCUUAUAAGUUUGUUUCAUUGUUUCGUUACUAACUUACAAGGUUACGGAUUAAAAUGCUAGCCAGUUAGUUUAUGUGAGUGUAGUAACUUACGUGCUACGGUUUAGUGUUCUUUGAGUUGAACCACAAGAGGUUUCAAUUUAGUGAGUUGUAUUCACACUCGGUUUAGUGAGUGCGCCUUAACUAUUUCUCAGAGAUAUGAGCUAUUACUUGUUCACACUUCACUACAUACUGUUGAUCAAGGUGCUGGUUGAAGUUCAACCUUUUGAAACUCAACCUACGUACUGUUAUAGUUUACUGGAAGCUAGAAAUACUUUACUCGUGUGUUUACCGAUUUUUUCACUCAUUGUUUCUCUUAAACUUUUCUCUACCUCAGUUUGGGAUAUGAGAAUGGGCGAUCGACCGUGUGAAAUUUAUUCAGUUCAUGAACCAUUUCGAUCACAACUUUGUAUGUUGUAUGAAAAUGACGCUAUUUUUGAUAAAUUCUUAUGUGGAUGGUCUGAUGAUGAUAGGUAUGCAAUAACGGGAUCUUACGGCAAUCUCUUUCAUAUAUUUGACCGCCACAAUGGCUCUGAUUGGUUGUAUGACCUUGACGACUCAAGCAAUCCUUAUAACACAAAUUCUGCAUGUAAUACUGGGAAUUAUUUAUCACCUAAACGGUUUAUGUCUCCUGAUGAUCCCAUUGGAAGUCGGUUAGGUUUAUCUUCAAUUUUCGUAGCACCAUUGGAUGCUGUGGAAGCUCUCUUUCCAGAAACUACAAGUCAAACCAGUUCACAUAGCAGCUGUAGUGAUAAUAAUGAUUGGAAUAAAGUUGACGAUAGUUCGAACACCUUAGAGGUAUCACCUGGCAGAACGAAGCUAUAUAACUGUCAACUAGAUGAUCUCAACCCUCCAGAGAAUACUCCCUCAGCACCUCCAACAGGUUCAAAGCGUCGAAAGCAAAUCCUUCCUUCUCGUACUAAUAAUUCUACUGAUUCUCAUUGUGCUGUACAAAGUGAACACGACAAAUCCCGUAGUUGUCACCACAAAAGUAAACAUCGUCAUCAUAACAAGAGUUCUCCACAUGACAUGGUAGAGAAAUGUGGAUAUGGUGUUAGUUCUUCAUGCACAGUACCGAAUUCAAAUGAUGGUCAUGAGUUAUCAGGUAUCAUUUUAAAUUCACCGCCUGUUAAAAAAACGUCUAUCGAAGAAUUUCUAUCAGGGACAUCAACUGUCCCUGGAAUGCACCAGAUACACUGUCGACAUAAAAUACUUCACUUAUCCUGGCAUCCAAAGAAAUUCCUUACGGUAGCUGUAUCAGGCAAUCAGUUGUUUCUUGUUUCAGGUCAGCCAACAUUUAGUGAUACAUUACCUUCACAGAAGGAUUCGAGUCAUUGCUCUUCUUGUUUAUCUAAGUCAACUGACGAUGAGAACAACAUACCUAGUGAACAUUGUGAAGCAAGUUCCACACCUAUAAGAGAUAAGGUUACUUCUAUUUCAUCUCAAAGUUCAGAUGUGAAAGCUGCUAAACGUCGCCGCCGACGUCACCAUCAACUAGAUAGUUCAAAUCCGGUUAAUGCUUUCCCUAACGUAACAGAUAGGAUAGAAAAUCAUGUUUCAGAUAUUGAUGUUCUUCCAGAUGCCUCUGUGGUGUGUGGAAUGGAUUAUGUAACAAAUUACGAAGCGGACCAUGAAGAUAAUUAUGAUGAGCAACAUACCUCUGAAGCGCAACUAGAUUCAAUAAGCUCUGACCCGAACAAUGAAAAUGUCCCAUGUAUAAAUUCCUUGUUUCCAUCAUCGAGAGAAACAUUCUCAACUAAUGUGAACGACGCUUUACAAUGA